CAUGGGCUUCCGCUUGCCAAUCAUUGCUCAGGCCAAGCAAGCAAAUCGGCGGUCUCUCUCCAUAGUGCCCAAAGGCCAUGUUGCAGUCUAUGUAGGAGAAUCAGAAAGGAAACGCUAUGUGGUCCCCGUUUCAUAUUUGAACCAUCCUCUUUUUCAAGAUUUGCUAGGCAAGGCAGAAGAAGAAUUCGGGUUUGAUCAUCCAAUGGGUGGUCUCACCAUCCCUUGUAGAGAGGAAGAAUUCAUCCAUAUGACAUGUAGCUUGAAUUGCUCAUGAGAAGCUUAGGAUAUGAAAGAGACUUCUAACAUCCCUUACACAAUUGCAGAGUCUUGAUUUUCUAUCAUAUGAAAUUUUCAA